GGAGUCGGAAGGCUGCAGGGGAUCCGGGAGUCGGAAGGCUGCAGGGGAUCCGGGAGUCGGAAGGCUGCAGGGGAUCCGGGAGUCUGCAGGGUUCCCGUGAAACGUUUGUGAAGACCAUCAUCAGCCCCAUCACAUAUAUGAAGAGAAUGGUUGCAUUGCCCCCACCAAGGACACAUUUGACCCUCUAAACAUGGAAUUUCACCCCAAGAAUUCCUCUGCUGAUAAUGACUUGGAGGCACAGCGGCAACUUAUUGUCCUUCUCUCCAGCCCCCUUUCUGUCUUCAUCAUCUUCUCCAACCUCUUCAUUAUUGUUGGGAUUGUGUUCAACAAGAAGAUACACAACACGGCCAAUUAUUUCUUCCUUAGCUUACUAUUUGCAGACCUGCUGACGGGGGUGGCGCUGCCCUGCAUCCCCCACAUGAGAUACGACAAGAAGUUCGGGUAUCACAUUUGCAUGAUCUCCUACAUCUUGCCCAACUUCUUCUUCCUCUCGUUCCUGGCGAACCUUCUAAUGGUUCAUUAUGAGAAAUACCUCUGCAUAGUAUAUCCCUUGAGGUACCACAGCAUUUGGGUCCACCGCUGUGUCCCACUGUCCCUCCUCAUAGCUUGGACUUUGCCAUUGCUCUUUGCCUGCUUGCCCAUGAUGGGUUGGAACAACUGGGAUACCGAGUCCAAUUGCUCUUAUAAAUAUGUCUUCACAAAUACCUACAUCUACUUGGAGACCUAUGGUGUAGUCAUCCCCUCCAUCCUGGCUAUUGUCUUCAUCACAGUUAAGGUGCUAUCCGUGGCCAGGAAGCAACUAAAGAACAUCAAGAAGCUUCACCGCUCAGUUCAGAGCCAGGCAGGCAUCGAGUUGGAGCACCAGAUGGACCUGAGGUAUGCCCGCUGCAUUGCCAUAGUCUCCUUGACUUUCUUGGUCUGCUGGGUCCCCUACAUUGCAGUCCUCCAGGUCUCAGUCCUGGCCAUUGAGCAUUAUGAAUUCAGCUGGUGGAUUAUCCUCACCCUCACGUGCGUGGGCAGUGGAAGUGCCGCUGUCAUCCCAGUCAUUUUGGGUCUCUGCCACCGGGAGUACACGGAACUGUGGAGGAACCUUUUUGGCAGAUACUGCUGCAAACGCAGGGGAUCUCUUUCCAACCUCCACGGCAUGGCCAGCAAGGAAGAGACGUUGCAGGAUGGGUUGACCGAUGUGAAGUAGUAACUAGACCAAACCUAAGUUCUAAAGCCCUUGGUGCACUACUGACUAGGGAUGGAGGUAGCCAGAAGAGAAAAUGGCCACCUUUGGAGUCAUAAGACCCUAAACACAACCACAAUGUCCACCAUCCCAGUGCCAUUUGGAUAAGCUGAGCUACCUUACAGUACCACCAGGUCGGUCAUUCAUUAUGGGACCUGAGGAAGUCCAUUGUACCUCCACGGAACUGUGGAGGAACCUUUUUGGCAGAUCCUGCUGCAAACGCAGGGGAUCUCUUUCCAACCUCCAUGGCAUGGCCAGCAAGGAAGAGACGUUGCAGGAUGGGUUGACUGAUGUGAAGUAGUAACUAGACCAAAGCUAAGUUCUAAAGCUCUUUGUGCACUACUCACUAGGGAUGGAGGCAGCCAGAAGAGAAAAUGGCCACCUUUGGAGUCAUAAGACCCUAAACACAACCACAAUGUCCACCAUCCCAGUGCCAUUUGGAUAAGCUGAGCUACCUUACAGUACCACCAGGUCGGUCAUUCAUUAUGGGACCUGAGGAAGUCCAUUGUACCUCCACGGAACUGUGGAGGAACCUUUUUGGCAGAUCCUGCUGCAAACGCAGGGGAUCUCUUUCCAACCUCCAUGGCAUGGCCAGCAAGGAAGAGACGUUGCAGGAUGGGUUGACUGAUGUGAAGUAGUAACUAGACCAAAGCUAAGUUCUAAAGCUCUUUGUGCACUACUCACUAGGGAUGGAGGCAGCCAGAAGAGAAAAUGGCCACCUUUGGAGACAUACGACCCUAAACACAACCACAAUGUCUACCAUCCCAGUGCCAUUUGGAUAAGCUGAGCUACAUUAAGGUACGACCAGGCCAGUCAUUCAUUAUGGGACCUGAGGAAGUCCGUUGUACCUCCAGCUGUUGGACCCUUAGAAGGCUGUUGCGGUUGAUAGGUCGAUAACGACUGUAGAGAUACAGGUUUAGGUGAGUUGUUUGCCCCAGGCCUUGCCCCCCGCCCAAGGACAACCCCAGAGAAAUUCUCAAGGAACUCGUUCUGUUAAUUACUCAGCAAAUUCAUUAAUUAUACGAAUGGGGCUCAUUAUCAUGACGAGGAUCACAUGAUGCCCAACUAAUGUCACCCUACAGCGUCUGGCACCGUGAACUCAGUUCUCAUGAAAAUGACAUUUACGGAAGAGAAACUGAUUUUAUUUUAGGAAAUGAAACGUAAAAUAGGGGGAAACUGAAAUGCACCGAAACUGGCGGCACUGCAAAAAUACGGCAGAAAUGAGGGAAAAUGUAAAAAAAUGGACAUUUCCUGUAUAAAUAUCUGAGGGGGUCAUUCACUGGCCGGCGUUACUGUUUAUAAUUGAGGUGAUGUACAUAGAAAUGUUACUUUUGGGUUAAAAAAUAAUGAUUAUUUAAUA